UCUGUUUCAGAGAUAGCAGAGGAAGAUGGAGAAGAACCCCACCGCCAUCAGCAUCACCUCCACCUUCAACUGUGAUAACGAGAAGCAAACUAGCAUAAGGGGUGGAGAGGGCCUCAUGGGUCUUGCAGUUCACAGCCAAGUCAUCAAAAUUAAGCAAGAAAUUGAGAGAAUAAAGCACCCUUCACUUCAGCUACACAUGAGGCGUGUCUUUCUUAGAGAUGUUACCCGUCUUCGCUCUCGCUCACCACUGGGAUUGGCAGAGAGGGCCAUCCUAGUUGGUAACUCUAGAUGUUAGAUCACAAAGAAGCUUAUAGUUACAGGCAUGUAUAUAUAUAUAUAUAUGAUAGGUAUAAUCUCAGAGAGACUUCCCUUGGGAGUUGGAACUAUAGUAAUUUUGUGUUUUUGCUUUCUGGUUUCUAUGUGCUUGUCGACUUCUUGUACAUGAUUUUGGUGGUAAAGUUUCGGACUUUGUUUAGUUGAAGUCUCUUCUCCCUUUUCUUUAAUCCAUGAACUUCGUAAUUCUCUUUAUUUUCCAUGUCUUUUAGCAAAAAGAAACUUGUUCAAUUUAUGGUUUGCUAAUUGCUAUCAAGCCAAAGGAAAUUCUAAUGCUUUUUUCGCAUUCCCAUUUGCCUAAACACCAACAAAUGACUUCUUUUACUCGGCUUCGUUCAGAUGAUUAAUGCAAUCUUUCUUAUUGUUUUUUUUUGGUCAAAGAGUUUAAUUUUAUUUUUAUUUGUUUGAUUUUUUCGACGAAGAGAAUGGCGUCGCGCAUGGGAGCAUUGUCCUAAAACGAAUCUUGCGACUUCACAAAUUGUUUUUAUUAUUUUUAUUUUUUAUUGAUUUUGUCGGCAAAGGGUAGGGUUAACCUUAACAAGUUAGACGCAAGUCUCAUCCACAACAUCGUCCAAGAUUUUUGAUUCUGAAGGAUUUUGGUUAUCUUCUUGUAUGUGACGAGGUCUGAAGCUAGCGUUUCGGUCGUGCUGAAAAAUGGACAGCGCUAGUCACUGUUGGACCUCUCAUGACAUGUGUUAUUUCCAAACGCUUCCUUAUCUGCGCAAAGAUUAAAUCUAACACGGAACGACACACUACUACAAACUGUUGUAU